AUGCAACGCAUAUGUUUUUGUAAGACAGUAUCUUUAUUUAACCAUGUUCUACAACCAAGUCAAGCACUAGCGUUAUUUUAUCAAUCAUUGAUCUUUUCAUUGCAAAAUCUCGCAUUGAUGAAAUGGAUCAGUUCGAACAUCGGUAUACCGAUUGGUUUACAAUUAUUAAUGAUCGAUUUGAACGGAAAUGUAACGGUCGACAAUGAAUUACUCUAUAAGCAUUUGUCGAAUAGUAAACACCAUCUUGAACAACGUACAAACACAACAUCGAUCUUGAAAUGGACCAGCCGAAUUAUUCUUCGUCUAGCAACGGAUUACUCUAUAUCGUCGAAGAUCGAACGUUCAUCUGAAUUUGAAGACUUUUAUGAUUUCCUCAAACAAUUUCAUACUUUAUCAGCUGAUGAUCGCUCGACAUUAUCAGAUGACGAUGAAGGUAUUAUCAGUGAUGAUCUGGUCGAGGAAGAUAUCACUCGACGAGCAAUUCAUCGAGCCUUACUUAAAUGUAUCGAUUACACAACGAUAAAAUCAUCGAAUGCUUUACAAACAACUCACCAUACCACUGAAAUGCAAAACUUCGAAACCAAUCCGAUUGCUUUAUAUAAUCAACAGAUUAUUCAGAUACUUUGUAGUGAUACACUCGAAUUAGAAAUCGAACUUGCACAACAUUCGCAAUAUACAGCGUUGGAAAUUGUACCCCAAUCAUCAACAAAUGAUAAAACAUUGACUAGUUAUUAUUCUGUUUGGGCCGCACUUUGGAAAAAUGUGACAUCGGAAUAUUUACAAUUCAAUAACGAAAAAUGUUUGCGAAAAGUGACGAUCGAUCUAGACAAAAAUGUUUUCCAAUCAAACCACAUCAGAGACAAUGAUCGAAUGUUAGAUGAAAUAACCAAACGCCAACAGAAUUUAAAGAAGACAACUAUGCAGACAAAUAAACCGAUCGAAAAUGAAUAUUGUCUACAUGAUCGUUUGAUGUCUGAAAUCAAGCAAGACAGAAAAUUGAAGCCAAUUGAAAAAAUUGCAGCAAGUGAUUGUAAUCGUAAACGUAUUCAACCGGUGAAGAAUUCCAAUGAAAGUGAUUCAGGUUCCGAUGAUGAAUAUCGUGAUGAAUAUGGAAGGAAACGAGUUAUGGUCGUUGAUUGCCUUCUUGAAACAUCACCUGAAGAUAAUAUAAAAAAUGAAUCACCAAUCACAAAUCUAAAUAAAUCUUAUUCAUCAUCGAAGAUUUCCAUAAAGAGAAAAGCAUCAACUGAAAAAAUUAAUUAUUCAACAAUAGAGAAUUUUGAAUUAGAAUACAUCUCAAUGGAAAAACUCCUUCCGCUUUUAAAAGACAGUUCGGAUUCGCUUUCGUUGACUUACGACGAAUUUUGUCAUAUAAGAAAUGUUAUUACACGAUCGGAGUUGGAAACAUUAUUGUUCGAUGAGAAGUUAUACAAUGAAGUUGCUCAGGGCAAAUUGUGUUUUACAUGUCGAAAGGUUUAUUUCAAUCUGUUGACUUUCACAUUCGGUAUUCAAUGCAGCGUAUGUAAACAGAAGAUUUGUCGCAAUUGUGUCACACAAAUUACUUUACCAAAAGAACGAUUGAAUGAUCUUCCCAUUCAAGCAAUCACUCCAUUAACAUUAUCAAAAUCUUUAUCGAAUUCCGAACGAUGUCAUUCACUUGAUACGCAAUCGCCGCAAACGCCAACAAUGAAUGACGUUCUACAUGAUCUAAAUCCAGAUGAUGCUGGUUCACGUCGGUGUUCGACUCCGGGCAAUAGCAUUGCUCAAGUCAACUCAAGCCCAUGGCGUACAGAUCCGAUUGACAUAUGUACAGAUUGUUUUUUUCUUCUUCAACAAAUCCGAAAGAAGUCUCGUCAACGGCAUAUUUCGCCAGCUGUAGCAUCGAGCUUAGCUUCGUCAACAUCAUCAUCCUUUAAUCGAUCGCACCAUUCAUUUUCGAAUUACAAUCUCUCAGCAUCGUCAUCGACAUCUUCCAUCGCUGCUCUAUUAGCUGCUCAGCAUCAACAACGCUCAUUAAUGGUCAAAACAACUUCCAUUCAUGGAAAUUUAAAACAAACGAGAUCUUCCCAAGAGUUGAACACAACUAACAAUCCAUUACAAACAUUACCAUUUUUCUUUGUACGCCAUCAUCAUAUUUGA